UUGUGUUCCGCCGUCCCCGCUCCACUCCACCGCACGCGCCGCUCAAAGCCCUCGUCUUCACCGAGGGGAUGCCGCCGCCGGCGACGGCCCAGGGCACCCUAGGGGCGACGGCCGCGGUGCUGGCCGAGCUCCUGCACCCCGGGCGCGACCCAGACGAGGCGGACGAGAUCUUGGCCCGCCUGCUCUUCUGCACCCACCACACCCUCCCCGACCCGCCCGUCUCCGCCGCCGCCCGCCUCUCCGCCCUCCCCUCCGGCGACGCCGUCGACCGCGUCAGCCGCCUCCCCGACGCGCUUCUCCGCAGCAUCGUCUCACUCCUGCCCGUCAAGGACGCCGCGCGCACGGCCGCGCUCUCCCGCCGCUGGCGCGGGGUCUGGCGCUCCGCCCCGCUCGUCCUCGCCGACGCGGACCUCUCCCCCUCCCCGGCCGCCCCCGCCCUGUCCCGCGUCCUCGAGGCGCACCCGGGGCCCUUCCGCUGCGUCCACCCCACCGGCAGCUGCACGGAGGAGUCCCGCCACCUGCUCGGGCCCUGGCUCCAGCUCCUCGCCGCCAAGGCCGUGCAGGAGCUCGUCCUCGUCAACCGCCGGCGCCCGCUCGACGUCGUCCUCCCCGCCACGUUCCUGCGCACGGCCACCCUCACCCGCCUCCACCUCUGCUUCUGGAAGUUCCCCAGCACGGCCGGGCUCCCGCCGGGCGUCUCUUUCCCCAACCUCCGUGAGCUCGGGCUGUACAGCGUCGUCGUGGAGGGCCGGGAUCUGGACUUCAUGCUCGACAGGAGCCCGGUGCUGGAGACGCUCUGCCUCGAAGGGAACCUGUUCACGCUCCGGCUGCGCCUUGUCAGCCAAAGCCUCCGGUGCGUGCAGAUCAUCGGGUCCUUCUUGGAGGAGAUCUUCGUGGUGAACGCCCCACUCCUUGAGCGCCUCAUCAAUUUGGAAGGCUGGACCCAUGAGGCCGGCUGCACCAAGGUCAAGAUUGGCCAUGCCCCCAAGCUGCAAUUGUUGGCAUACUUGCAGUUGGACACACGGAAUCACGUCCUGGAGAUCGGCAACACAAUCAUCAAGGCUGGUACAAAGGUGAGCCCAAGAACCAUGGUAACAAGUGUGACAGUCCUGGCUUUGGAGGUGCGUUUCGGAGUGCGCAAUGAUGCCAAGAUGAUUCCCAGUGUCCUCGGAUGCUUUCCUAAUGUCGAGACGCUCUACAUCAAGUCUGGACAGCCUGAUCAAUCCACUGGCAAGCUCAACCAAAAGUUCUGGCACGACUCUGGUGCCAUAGAAUGCAUCCGGUCACGCAUCAAGCGGCUGAUUUUCCAUGAUUUCCAAGGGGGUCGAAGUGAGCUCGCCUUCCUCAAAUACUUCGUCGAGAGUGCAUUGAUGCUCAAGCAGGUGGUGAUCCUGUUGUCCACUGGCUCCACUUUGCCGGCGGAGGAGGUGCAUUCCAAAAUGGCGAAUGUGAAACGGGCAGGUGAAAUCUCCAUAGCGCUGGUCACUGGCUAUUCUGAACUUCAAGGACGUUACAAGAGAGGGUCUGAAUUUUCUCUUGGCGAGCUUUUUUCCCUUAUGAAAUUUCCUUGUGCAAACUACUGAAGCCACAACAGGUGCGUGCGACGCAAAUUGCCUUGUAAGUUACCGAUGUCCUGUUCCUGUGGUCUGUGCAUGCAAGACACCGUUGAGGUGGUUUGUUUUCAGUGUUUGGAUAUCCGGCCCGUCGACUCUUUUUCCAUGAUUAGCCAAGUGCCCAAGUGUCCAAGUUAGUAUACUACACUACUUACCAUUCUGUUGCAAGUUGCAACCAUGAAGUAAUUGAUCUUUGGUUGGCAA